AUGAUGGAUGAAGUGCGUUUACGUGACAUCAUCGCUAAUUCAAUCGUCGUUCCAGUAUAUGAAGAGGACGUUAUUUAUGAAACUGCACCUCCUCAGGAUACCCGAGAAGAAAAUCAACAACGUGAAAUAGCUAUGCAAACCCUGGACACACAUCCACGGGAACCGAAGACCGUUGCAGUUGUUCCGGAAAACGACGAACAGCACAUAGAAGUCAUCGAUGUAGGCGAAAACGAUGAGAAUAUGCAGAUGACGGUAGUGAACGAUGCAAGCCCUUCUGUGGCGAUGCCACUACUUGAACAGGACAUUUCCAUUGAGAACGAGCCUGCUGGAAGUUCCGACGCCAAGCAGAAGAAGAAGAAAAAGAAGCGAAAAUUGGAUGUGGAAACGAAUGGUAAGGAGGAAGAUGUUAUUGUACUAGAUAACGAUAUGGAUAUCCUAGAAGUCACGGAAUCAUCUUCUUCUUCUAAAACUGACUCUUCUUCGAGCGAUGAUAAAAAAUUAAUAGAAGCGCAACGCCAGGAAAUCCAACGGUUGAAGAAAAUCAAUGCGGAACUCUACAACUUUAUGGCAUCAGAGUUGACAAAAAAGUAA